AUCUGUAUCUGAACCAAUCAGUGCCGUACCUGGAGGAGCCACCUGACCCGCUGCAGUUCUACCGCGACUGGAUUGGUCCUAACAAGCCCUGCGUCAUCCGCAAUGCCUUCAACCAUUGGCCGGCUCUGUCCAGGUGGACUCCAGAGUACCUGAGGGAGAAGGUGGGGUCAAAGGUCAUCAGCGUGGCAGUGACCCCCAACGGCUACGCCGACGCCGUGAGCGGCGAUCGCUUCGUGAUGCCGGAGGAGCGACGGAUGACUUUUUCUUCUGUGCUCGACGUCAUCGAGGGGAAGGUGCAGCAGCGUGGGGUCCUCUACGUCCAGAAGCAGUGCUCUAACCUGCUCGAUGAGCUUCCCGAGCUGACGGACGACGUGGAGCCUCACGUCUCCUGGAUGAGCGCCGCACUCGGGAAGUUACCAGAUGCUGAAUUUUGGCUCGGAGAGGCGAGCGCCGUCACGUCCAUGCACAAAGACCACUAUGAGAACCUGUACUGUGUGAUUUCUGGAGAGAAGAACUUCGUCCUGCUGCCUCCCACAGACCGCCCCUUCAUCCCCUACGGUGCGUAUCAGCCUGCUGUCUACCGUCAGCGGGACGACGGCGAGUUUGAGGUCGUCGAUCAAAGCGACUCUGAGAAGGUCCCGUGGAUCCCUCUGGACCCUCUGGACCCGGACCUUGACCGGUACCCGCAGUACCGGAGAGCGCGGCCGCUCCGCUGCAGCGUGAAGGCCGGAGAGAUGCUGUACCUGCCGUCCCUGUGGUUCCACCACGUCCAGCAGUCCCACGGCUGCAUCGCAGUGAACUUCUGGUACGACAUGGAGUACGACAUCAAGUACAACUACUUCCAGCUGCUGGAGACGCUGUCCGAGGUCUCGGGGUCGACGUGACAUCACAGCAGCUGCAUGAUGUCACGGUGACAUCACGACUGGGUUUGGGUAAAUAAAGUGAAAUAAUGAAAAUGACACGAAGCUGCUGUGAAAUAAAUAAAGUUGUAACCUCUGCA